GCCGAGUGUGCGGCGCAGCACCCGGAAGCUGGAAAAUUAGGAGAGCUGCUUGUUCUCCUCAUUGGCCAUCUGAUGAGACGCUCUGGCAUCCCCGGCAGCCGGUAACCUCCAAUGUGGGGUCUUAUACAGGGAGUCUGCUCCCUACGUGACCCAGCACCAUAGUCACAUGACAGCCCUGCAACAGGUGGCAAUUACCUCAUUAGACUGAGCCAAACAAAUUUAAAAGAACGUGAUAAUGGAGAAACACCAGGACGAGAUCCUGUUUGACUUUAAACAUAAAGCUCUCGGGGAAGAAGAUGACAUCUGUACAAAGGUGGUCCAGGAUUUUAAAGACGAGGAAAAGCCUACAGAUAUGUGCAGAGAUGGAUCCAGUAACACAAAUACACCAGAGAGGUUCUCAAGUCCUCAUUAUUCCUGGGAUAGCUCAGAUGAAAAUCAGGAUGCCCUGCUGGAUGAUCAGAGUAAGGAUUUGGUUAUUGUUAAAGUAGAAGAUAUAGACGAUGAUGAGGAGUAUGUGAGGGGAGACCUACUAUGGAAGGAGGAGGAAAGUCCUUCAUAUACAAACACAGAUGAGCAUGAUGAUAUCCCAGAGCAGCACUCAAGUCUAUAUCAUUACACUGAAGAUGAUGACCUCAGACAUCUACCAUCUGAUCCCUCUAAUCUUGAGAACUUGAAUAUUAUUACAUGUAGCAUUGAUGAUGACAAAGUAUAUGCUUGCUCUGAAUGCGGAAAAAGAUUCAAGCAGAAAUCACACCUUCUCCGACAUCAAUUAAUUCACACUGGAGAAAAGCCAUUUUCUUGUCCUGAUUGCGGAAAAUGUUUUCCACAGAAAGCCAAACUCAUUUUGCAUCAGAGAACUCAUACCGGGGAGAAGCCUUUCCCUUGUCCUGUGUGCGGGAAACGUUUCACAAUUAAAUCAAAUCUUGAUGCCCAUCAGAUCGUCCACACGGGGGAGAAGCCGUUCCCUUGUUUGGAGUGUGGAAAAUGCUUUACAAAAAAAUCCAAUCUUAUUAGUCACCAGAGAAUUCACACUGGCGAGCAGCCAUUUUCAUGUUCGGAAUGUGGGAAAAGUUUUACCCAAAAAACUGCUCUUCUCAAACACCAGAGAAUCCACACGGGUGAGCUGCCUUUCUUCUGUUCUCAUUGCGGGAAAUAUUUCAGAAAUAAAUCAAAUCUUGAUAAUCAUCUAAAGGUCCACACUGGCGAGCAUCCUUAUUCAUGUUCUGAAUGUGGAAAAGGCUUUGUCCAAAGAGCUAAACUUGUCCAGCAUCUGAGAGUCCACACAGGGGAAAAGCCAUUUACUUGUUUGGUGUGCGGAAAGUGUUUCACAAUGAAAUCGAGCCUCGAUGUGCAUCAGGAGGUUCACAAUGGUCAAGACACGUUGUCUUGUCCUGACUGCGGGAAAUAUUUUAAACGCAAGUCUAAUCUUAUAAUACACCAGAGAAUGCACACAGGCGAAGAGCUCUUCUCAUGUAUGGCAUGUGGAAAGGGUUUUACACGUAAAGAAACUCUCGCUAAACAUCAGCGGACUCACACGGGGGAGAGACCAUUUCCUUGCACCGAAUGUGGACGAUGCUUCACUCAGAAGUCUCAUCUCAUUAAACAUCAGCAGCUUCACAUAUAUCCCAACACUGUUGGCGAGUCUAGUGAGUCUGCAAGCGAGAAAUAGUUUCUUCAGAAAUUCCUUUACUUUCUCGACACCACAGAAACAAACGCACACACAGAAAUCAGACUAAGGCCUCUUUCCAACGAGCAUAUUGAAAUCCGUCAGUACUGGUUCUGGAUUAUGCACGGAUUCCUGAUGAUAUACACAUGUCUAUAUACAUAUUUACAUGCGUAUGCUUUCCCUCCCUGUAUUUUUGAAGCCCUCCCACAGACUGUAAUAGAUGUAUUUGGAAACAAAUACGCACAAAACUCAGAUAUGCUGCAGAUUUCAAAUACUGAUGGAAAUUAUACACCCAUGUGAAUAGCCCAGUCUAUAUACUAAUUGCAAAUACGCUUGUGUGAAAGUGGCCAUAGACUGAUUUUUCAUUUCUUAGUGGACCUCAUGAUGGUAUUUUCUUACAAAAGCAAGUUUAAAAGCUUCUGUUGUUAGGGUGAAUUCACUUUUAGUUCUACUGUCCCAUUCAUUUGGCAGACACAACCCACUUCGGAUGUACAGUAUGAAACGGAUUUUCAGUUGCAGACAUUUCAGUCAUGUGAAAAUACAUGUAAAAGGGUGCUACCACACUACAUAUUUUUGACUUGGCUUUUGAGUGAAAUUCUUGCAAGUAUUUUUGGGGUGGUGUUUUUUUAUGACUUUUUUUCUAUCGAGAAGUCACAGGGUAAGGGCUCAUACAUACGACCGUUUGUAUUUUGCCGUUUGCAAAAAAUACUUCCGUGUGCAUUCCGUAUUUUGCCAAACGGAACAGCUGGCCCCUAAUAGAACAGUGCUAUACUUGUCCUUAAUGCGGACAAUAAUAAGACAUGUUCUAUCUCUUUGCGGAACGGACAUACAG